AUGAUCCCCCACUUCCUCACCUCCUUCAUUGUUGCCUUCACUCUCUUCAUCUUCAUCACCGGUGUCACCCUUUUCACCGUAGUCAUCCCCCUCUUCAUUGCCGUCGUCGGCCUCGUCGUCGUGUUCGCCAUCCUCUGCCCUUUUAUAGCCCUCCCCGCCACUGUCAUCGCCCUCCCCACCGCUAUCAUUGCCCUCCCCACCGCUGCCAUUUCCAUCUUCCUCUCUGCCGUCCCCCUUUCCGUCGUUGCUGCCGUCGCAUUUUCCACCACUGUCAGCCUCGCUGCCACUGCCAUGGCUCGCGUCGUCGCUAUCUCCGGAGUCGCUCUCUCCUCCCUCGUCAUCAGAUUAGUCUUGAAGGUUAUGUUCCAUAUAAUCGGACGGCUAGGGCAUGGCGGUGUGGAGAUGAAGGAGAGCCAGCUCGUCCGAGUCGAUGGGACGCAGACCUCAAUAGGCGCCUCAUGA